GAGGGCUGUCGCUUCUAACUCGAUCGUGCCAUUAGGAGUGCCUCACAUUUCUCUACGGCGACGUCUCAUGGCCUCCAAGUGACGGUCCCGCGGUCGACGUCAACGCUACCGAGAGCGCGGCCUGCUUCGAACGUGUCCGGCGGACAACCGCAGUCGCCGGACGUUCCCCGCGACUUCCGGUAGCUGGGUAUAAGGUGCGAGGGUAGAGAAACCACGGCCAUGCUGCUACAGUGGACCGCCCUGUGGUUUGGCUUGCUUGCCGCCUGUCCACGCCUGGUGGCAGCCGAACCCGACGUGCCCGACUGGAACGAGAUCUUCAGUAACCGGAACGACGACGACUGGGCACGGGUCUGGCACGUGGAACGCCACAGGCGCUGCUACCACGAGCUGCUGUCGCACAUGAGCUGGGUCUGCGAGAAGGACAUCUACAAGAUGCGCCGCCGAAAGAGGGAAGCACCUAUGGACAAGGACACCGAUCUCGCUGAAGUGUUUCUAAAGCCCGAGACCGCGCUGAGCCUUCUGAGUUCCUCUGUGACGGGCAAGCAGGCGGGUGGCGGACGGCGCAAGUCGUGGCGGCGCCAGAGGUUGGGAGUGCGAGGCAUUAUGGACGAGUGCUGUGACGUCCAGACCGGCUGCAGCUGGGAAGAGUACGCGGAGUACUGCCCCACCAGUAGGAGGAUACGCAACCGCAGGGGCUAGACUGAACCGGCUCCCGUGGACACACACGCGCAGCGCGCACGUCUCUCGCACUCCAAGAACAAAAGGAGUGCCGGUGACUCCCUUUUGUGCAAGAAAGUCAAUUCCGUAUUUGACUCCGUUUUGAGCUUUCCUCGUCGACGCAGUACGCUCCGUCCGCUUGGGCACUGUCGAAAAUAUUUUGAACAAUACGAUGGAGUGCAAAUUUUUAAAAUGCAAGGAACAGGAACCGACGAAUUUGAUGUACAUUCAACUUCAGAACAUAGCGCUGACAAACAAGGGACGGUGUUUGUCGGUUUUUGUGCGACCUUUGUUUGUUCGCGCUCUGUUAAGGAGAUGGUCUUUAAAAUCGAGUUCAGCAUGCGACUCGCGGUUUACAGAGUAGCGGAAUUGCGGUUUAAGGGAGUUACCAGCACUCCCUUUCUUCUUAUGAGUGUGAACAAACGCGUGUGACCGGAAGACGCACCCGUUUAGGAGGAGCUAGGCUUAAGAAUGAAUCUUGAUGGUAUGCCGUGGCUCUGGCUCGUGGUCCCUGAAAAGGCCAAAAAGAUUCGCAAGCCGGCAAAGUUAGGGGGUCUUACUAACCAUCCCUCAGGACAAAAGAACUGUCAAAUCAUGAGUCUGCAGGCGCACUCGUGACCCUACGAAACGCAGUGUAGACUGUAGAGUGCAUGGUUACAGAUCCUUCUCUGUUCCCCAUUGACCUGGUGUUGGUGACCGUCCAGUCUCAUUUUUCUUGUGUUCUUGUGCCCGUUGCGUCUUUUCGUGUUGGUAGCUAUCAACAGGCACGACGAGCAGCCUGUCGCGUAGAAAUUCGCAAAACCUAUAGGCACCGUCAGGCAUCUGUGGCCUAUAACAGGUAGGCAGACGUGCCCGUUCACUCGGCUAUUUCUGACGCUGACACACUUAACUUGGCAUCUGCAUUACUUGUGAUCCUAUUCUAACUCAAAUUACACCUCGCCCUACUAUAAGGCAAGAAGUCGCAUGAAAAAAAAAGUGCAGCAGAAGUCGGGUAGUUGGUGGCAUAUAUGUCUUCCCAGUGCACAUCCAAUUUCGUCAUUGCACUCUGCUUAUCCCCGUUCUCCUCUUUCCUCGGAGUUGCCGGCCUAGCAUGCCUCGUAACUUUGGUCAACGAUGACGCCCUUUUCGUUUUUCGUGGCUGUUUAAAUAAGCGCCACCAUGUUACCUCCAAGAUCACAGAUGGUUUCUUGUCGGAAUGGGCGAUGUGUACUGCUCAGUGCAAAUGUUUGAGAGUCAAAUGUCGAGCAUUGUUGUCUCGUGACGCUAUCUUGUUUAACAGAGAGAGUUGUUUUUCCCUUCCUUUCUUAUUACAUUGCUGCUUCACCUGUGGCGCCUCAGCCAAAGUGCAAAAGCCUUGCGUUUCAGGCGAGCCCUGUUGGUCGUCAGCCGCACCCGCUUGGCGCAUGUGCUUACGGAGUCCCGUGAUAAACGUCGCUGUGAUAUGCAAGGAAGAGCCCUUAUCGGACCGAUCCCUUCGUUGUCCCGGAUGUUUGAGGGCGUCUGUGCGUUCGCGCCUGGAACAGACGCGUCUUCUGGUCGCACCGUUAAGAGAGAAUGGGGUAAGAAACGACACAUAGCGCAAGGGAAGUGUAUAUCCUUGCUGUCCUUCGACUGCAAGGACAUUCUCGGUGUUCCUCAAAAACAAACAAAAAAGUGUGGAUACCGUGUCCUGGGUCUUGCAGGCGAAAAAAUAAAAAAAAAACCAUAAAAAAAAAACUUCCACACAUAGGCCUUUCGCGGCCGCAAGAAAAAAAGAAUAAAUAAGCACUCUAAGCGCCCAGCGCUGUAGGUGGUGGUGGCGGAAAAAUAAAAAUGGUUUCAAAACGAA